AUGAACUCACUAACACGAGCGCCAAUGCUAUCCCUUCCAUCUGCCAUUCGGCCACUUCUUGCGAUGCGAAUGUAUGCGACGCAGACUGGAUUAGGAACAUCGACUGCCACACCACAACCAAGGAGGAGGGCUGUCACAGCAUUCAAUGACGAUGGGAGGGUGCCAUGGGGAAAUCUUUCACCAAUGGAAAAGGCAGCAAGAACCACUCAGCAAUCUUUCAAUUUCGGUUUGAUAAUUGUUGGCGCAAUCUUAACAGGAGGCGUCACAUAUGUGAUGUAUACCGAAGUCUUUUCGCCUGAUAGUAAAGUAAACCACUUCAACCGAGCUGUCAAGCAGGUCAAAGAGGACGCAAGAUGUACAGCGUUACUGGGAAACAGUAAGAAAAUAACCGCCUAUGGAGAACCUACGUGGAAUAAGUGGGCAAGAGCAAGACCAAUAGCAUCUAGGAUCGAGACGGAUAGACGAGGCGUGGAGCAUCUAAUAAUGCACUUUAACGUUGAGGGGCCAUUAAAUAAGGGAGUGGUCAAUCUCCAUAUGCAGAAGAAGCCUUCGGAGAGCGAAUUCGUUUAUAAAUUCUUGGCAUUAGACGUCCCAGGCGAGCAACGAAUAUACCUCGAAAAUGCAGAAACGGAUCCUGAGAGUUCGGCAAAAAGCAAGACAAAACUGUUCGGCAUAUCGUGGCGAUAA